GCACAACAACCAGCACAGAACGUAGUACCAGCUCUACCACCACACCCUCUACCCCACCACACACCAUACGAGACAGUUAAUCUACAACCUACAGCUAGACCAAGAAAGAGCAUUCAUGGCCACACAGUUACUUGCACACCUGCACCAUCACUACCUGACUAUCACCACCUGUACAAAAACCAACACAGGUGUGCCAAGCAUAUGCUAUUCAUUUCUAUAAUGAUUAUUAGAGUGUCAUGCACCGAGGAACGCAGGAACGCAUGAGGAAUGCAACGCAAUGUCGUCAUUGGAGGGUGCACUAAUAAUUGACAUUAGACUAAAACUGUCGAAAUAUGUACUCCAAGUGAAAAGCAAAACGUGGCACAAAGUGGCCCAUAUGCCAGGACCUCUCCCCAGCCCUU